GGAAGCGGCCCGUCAAGCCAUGCAGGGCCUGAGGCGAGCCUGGGCGGCGGGCCUGCCGGGCGUCUGGCGCCGCUGGGCCGCGGGGGCUGCGGGAGGCGCAGGCGCGGCCCCGCGGAGAGCUGCGCUCGGCGGCUCCUCGCCCUUCCUGGCCGCCGCGGAGGAGGAGGCGUUCGUGUUCCCCGAGUUCCUCCCGGAGGGGCCGGCCGCCGAGGGGCCCCCGCCGCCGCGGGGGCACGUCCAGGAGGCGGAGGCGGCCCCGCCCCGGCGCCCGGCGCCGGCUCCCCGGCGGAGGAAGGCCCACGAGGCCGCGGGCAGGCCGGACCCGUCGGUGCCGCCGAGCGGGGUGAGCUGCUCGGGCUGCGGCGCGGAGCUGCACUGCCGGGACCCCGCCUCGCCCGGGUACCUGCCCAGCGCCAAGUACCUGAGCCUGGUCGGGGGGCCCGCGGGCGAAGCCCGGGCGGCGCUGGAGGAGGCCGUUUGCCAGCGCUGCUGGUUCCUGGUGCACCACCAGCAGGCCCUGCAGGUGCAAGUGACGCCCGAGGAGUACCGCCGGGUGGUCAGCACGGCCUUGCGGGGCCCUCCCCGCCACGGCCGCCCGCCCCUGGUGCUCUGCAUGGUCGACGUGCUGGAAUUGCCCGACGUGCUGCUGCUGCCCGAGCUGGUGGGAAGCCAAGCCCACGUCCUGGUCCUGGGAAACAAGGUGGACCUGCUGCCCGGCGAUUCUCCCCGGUACCUGAAGCGCCUCCGGGAGCACCUGCUGGAAGCGUGCGCCCGCGUGGGCCUGGAUCAGUCCAGCGGGGGGCCAGGCCAGCGGGAGGUUGAUGUGCACCUCAUCAGCGCCAAGACAGGCUAUGGGGUGGAAGAGCUGAUCUCCAAGUUGCAGCGCUCUUGGAAAUUCAAUGGGGAUGUGUACCUUGUAGGAGCGACCAACACUGGGAAGUCAACCCUCUUCAACACGCUGCUUUGCUCAGACUACUGCAAGUCCAGAGCCUCGGAUGUUACCAGCAGGGCAACCAUCUCGCCUUGGCCAGGAACGACUUUAAACCUUCUGAAAUUUCCAAUUAUUAAUCCUACGCCUUUCAGAAUAUUCAGAAGGGAAGAAAGACUAGCAACAGAUGCAGCAAAAACAGAAGAGGACCUAAAUGAAGAUGAGAGGAAACAUCUUAAAACCCUGAAAAAGCAAGGCUACUUAAUAGGAAGAGUUGGAAGAACAUUUCAGCUCCCGCAGAAGUUGAAGAAAAACCGUGAAGUUGAAUUUGAUGCUGAAACAUUGUCUUUCAGUACAGAGGAAGAACCUGCCUUUCCAUCCGAAACUACUACCAAGAAAGGUGAACUCUCAUACAAUGAAGUAAAAGAUGCCCGCUGGUUUUAUGACACUCCGGGGAUUAUAAAAGAUGGCUGUGUUUUAAACUUCCUAAAGGAGAAAGAAGUCAAGCUUGUUUUGCCAACGUGUGCCAUUGUUCCAAGGACAUUUCUGCUUAAACCUGGGGAUACCUUGUUCCUGGGCGCAUUAGGACGCAUUGAUUAUUUACAGGGGGACCAGUCCUCUUGGUUUUCUGUUGUGGCCUCUAACUUGCUGCCUGUACACAUCACAAUGGUUGAGAAAGCAGAUGCCCUCUAUCAGAAACACGCCGGCCAUAUUUUACUGAAGGUCCCUAUAGGAGGUGAAGAACGAAUGAAAGACUUCCCCCCACUUGUUCCUCAGGACGUGAUGUUGGAAGGAGUUGGUGCUGAAGAGGCAGUGGCUGACAUAAAGCUUUCAUCUGCUGGCUGGGUUGCUGUUACAGCUCAUUCAAACAACAAAAUGCAUCUGAGAUGCUACACCCCAGAAGGGACAGUGCUGACUAUACGGAAACCCCCUCUGUUGCCACACAUUGUUCAGGUCAAAGGGGACCGUGUGAAAAGAAGUCCUGCAUACAAGACUCAACGACCUCCUUCCCUUGUGGAGAACUUAAGGACAAAUGUUAAAAAGUAAAAAAAGGACCUAAAAUGGUGCAGACCAGCUUGGAGUCCUUCCCAUUUGAUUUCCUUCAGUUUGAUUAAUUCGUUGAUGAUACUGGCUGUAGAAGGGUGGAGCCGCAGCAAGAUUUGAACACGGAGAAACAAGCCACAUGUGGUUAUUCGCCUGUUACGAGCCGAAACAGUAUUCGCAAGACAAACCGCAUCUGCACAGCCUUGGGUGUGUCCCUUCUAUUCCUGAGCUGAGUUGCAUUGCCUUUCCAUCGGGCACUGGGUAGGACCUGAGAGAGAUCCCCAAACACUUGGGGUUCAGUCUGCACUUGGCAAAUGGCGUCCCGCUUCCUUCUGAGAACUCGUUUCUAUGAGCCUGGAUGCGAGCGGUGGGGGGGAAUCAGGUCUUGAAGGCAUGGGAGGCAAACCCAAGAUCCGAAAAAGAGUUAAGAGAGUCGAUAUCCGGUCCAGUUAUACCCAGAGGGCUUCUGUUUCACGUGUGAAUAAUUAUGAUAAAUUAGGGCCAUUGUGAGGCUUUGAAACAUGGCAGCGGCUGAGGUGAAAGCCUCUUUCCAGUGGAUUUUGCCGCUGCGUGCAAAUGGCCAAGUCCCACAUUCAGUCAGGCCUGAGGCCUUCCAACUGGGGAGAGCCAGCCACCGCCUGCGCGCCCUUCCACCCUCCCCCAGUAAACACUGUGGGUCACCCAAAGACCCGUCCGCGAGGUCGACUCUCUCCCCAGUUCUCUUGAAGUCAAGAAAGAGGGUAAAGCUUGUGAAGCUGUAUUUUAUUUUUUAUUCAUAAUGGCACCAUAAUAAAAAUGGAACUCAAGAAGAAAGUAUUUUGGAAUAUACUUUUGGGAACGUGGAGAUACUUUAUAUCAUAAUGUAAAUUAAACUUUUAAAAGCAU